UAUAGAGAAACCACGCAAAACCCAGACACAAGUACGCAUCCAAAUGCCUGCGUUUGGUCUGAAGUUUACAAAUAUCGAAUAACGUUACGUCCGUGUCAGAUUCACUAUACCCUUCAGUCGGUUUGGUGCGUAUAAGUGUAAAGUAUAAAUAUACCGUAUACGUAGUGCGACCUCCUGUGGUAAAAUUGGGAGGUCUGCAGAGGAGGCAGGGUUUUCUGCAAAGUGAGGAUGCUCCGGUUUGUCUGGACAUGGUCACCUUCGUCUACCAGACGCUUCAAUCCCUUCAGACUGCUCAGUUUCUUGAGACGCGACAGAUCUCAUAACGCUACUUUAACCAGCAGCCGGGGCUCUGGACCCACGUCCACCCACGACUCUGACAGUUAUCCUUCACUUCUAAAUUGCAGAUCGUCUUUGGGUAACUUCAGGAGUGCUGCAGCCUGCCUUGGUAUGGCGACAGGGAGUUUACACCCACCAAAGCGCUCAAAGCGUCUGAGCAAAGAGAGGUCCCCCUACCUUCUCCAGCAUGCACUCAACCCCGUGGACUGGUUUCCAUGGGGCCAGGAGGCCUUUGACAAAGCAAAAAGUGAAGACAAGCCCAUUUUCUUGUCAGUUGGUUACUCUACCUGUCACUGGUGUCACGUGAUGGAGAAGCAGUCAUUUGAGGAUGAAGAGAUUGGGAGGAUCCUUAGUGACAACUUUGUUUGCAUAAAAGUUGACCGAGAGGAGAGACCUGAUGUUGACAGAGUCUACAUGACGUUUGUACAGGCGACCAGUGGAGGUGGCGGCUGGCCGUUGAGCGUGUGGCUCACUCCAGAUCUCAGACCUUUUCUAGGUGGCACCUACUUCCCUCCAGGAGACUAUGGCAGAAGACCUGGAUUUAAAACUGUGCUUUUGAGGAUAAUUGAACAGUGGCAGACUAACAGGGAAGCGCUGAGGUUGAGUGGGGAGAGAGUGAUGGACACCCUUCGGAAGUGCACUUCCAUUUCCGCCCACCCUGGAGAAGCUCCGCCCCCAGCCCCAGACGUGGCGAAGAGAUGCUUGCAGCAGCUGGCUCAGUCAUACGAGGAGGAGUACGGAGGCUUCCGAGCGGCACCCAAAUUCCCCACACCAGUGAACCUGGUGUUCCUGAUGUCAUUUUGGGCAGUAAACUGUGCUGCCUCUGAAGGAGCAGAGGCUCUUCACAUGGCUCUCCACACCCUUAGAAAGAUGGCCUUAGGAGGAAUUCAUGACCAUGUGGCUCAGGGUUUUCACAGGUACUCCACAGACUCCUCUUGGCAUGUGCCCCACUUUGAGAAGAUGCUGUAUGAUCAGGCUCAGCUGGCAGUGGCCUACAUCACUGCGUACCAGGUAUCCAGAGAGUGCCUUUUUGCACAUGUGGCCCAGGAUGUGUUGCAGUAUGUCUCCAGAGACCUUAGCCACGAGUCUGGAGGCUUCUAUGGUGCAGAGGAUGCAGACUCACUGCCCACAGCUGAGUCAAUGGAGAAGCGAGAGGGAGCGUUUUGUGUCUGGACAGCCAGUGAGAUCAGGGAGCUGCUCUCCUGCGUGGUGGAGGGAGCCACCAGUGGGGUCACACAAGCCGACAUCUUCAUGCAUCAUUACGGCGUGAGAGACCAGGGCAACGUAGAGCCAGAACAGGAUCCUCACGGGGAGCUUCAGGGCCAGAAUGUUCUGAUCGUGCGCUACUCCCCAGAGCUCACGGCUGCACGCUUUGGCCUCAGCGUAGACAGGGUGGCUGAGGUGCUGGCCAGCGCCAGGGCCAGGCUGGCCGAGGUGCGGCGGGUCCGCCCUCGCCCUCACCUGGACACCAAGAUGCUGGCCUCCUGGAACGGGCUGAUGCUGUCAGGGCUGGCUCGUGUGGGGGCAGUGCUUGGCGAAGGAGCCCUGCUGCAGAGAGCUGAGCAGACUGCACGCUUUCUCCACGAGCACCUGUGGGAUGGACAACGACAGCAGAUGCUGCACUCCUGCUACCGCGGCGACAACAUGGAGGUUGCGCAAACAGCUUCACCCAUUCCAGGGUUCCUGGAUGACUAUGCCUAUGUGGUAUGUGGUCUCCUGGACCUCUUUGAAGCCACACAAAAUGCACACUGGCUGCAGUGGGCCGAGGAGCUCCAGCUCAGACAGGACCAGCUCUUCUGGGAUGCCCAGGGCAGUGGUUACUUCUACAGUGACCCUUCAGAUCCCAUGUUGCUGCUGUCCCUCAAACAGGAUCAGGAUGGUGCAGAGCCCAGUGCAAACUCUGUCUCUGCAAUGAACUUACUACGUCUCUCCCACCUAAUGGGCCAAUGGGACUGGUUGGAGCGCUCCCGGAGACUGCUGGCUGCCUUUUCUGAUAGGCUAGUUAAUAUGCCAAUCGCCCUUCCUGACAUGGUCCGUGGCUUGAUGGCCCAUCACUGCACUUUUAAGCAGGUGAUUAUCUGUGGCCAGCGUGAUGCUGAGGACACAGCCAGUCUAAUUGCCUGUGUCAACUCCCUGUUUCUUCCCUACAAGGUCCUGAUACUGGCAGAUGGUAAUACAGAAGGCUUUCUCUACCAGAAGCUGCCCAUCCUCUCCUCGCUAGUUCAGCAGAAUGGCAAAGCCACAGCUUACAUAUGCCAGGACUUUACCUGUGCACUGCCUGUCACAUGCCCUCAGGAGCUCAAGAGGCUCCUGCUGGAGUGACUCCUCCUGCUGUGGUAAUGCUGUGAAUCGGCACAAUGGUUUGACAUUUCUCUCAUGACUGCAUGGAUGCAGAGCAGUCUCCAAAACAAUUCUGAAUCAUAUAUCGGAUAUGCCCAGAAUGCCUUUAGUGAUUUUGGCCUGGAAACUGGCACAAUACUACGGGCAUGUACUCAGUGUCGGUAGAGAUGAACUCUUAUGCGUGACUACUCUGUAGUGUCUUCCCACACUCUAAAUAUUACCUAGAAAGCUGUGAGGAUUAAUAAACAAAGUUUAAAAAUGCCUCAGUAGCACAUACAUUGGUCAGGGAAUGAAGAUACUGAAUGAACUGGCAUGUUUUCCCCAAUCUGUCCAUGUACUCAUUAUUUGAACUUCAGAAUGGCCUACUGCUCUGCACACCAGAACUCAAGAUUAAUGUUUAAACAUGUUUAUGGUUGAUCACUGGUCAGUGAUGAUUUUGCUUUUUGCAAAAAUCUUACCUGCUUAUUAUUUAUUUUUGCAUAGUGAAUCCAAAUAUUCAGGAUUUCUCUAUCCCCCAUCAUUUGUUUUUGUUCAGUAUGUGCAUGUCAUUAUGUAUGAAAAAGUGGAUCCCGUCUGGGUUGGCGGACUACUGCUCGCCACUGAAGAAGGAUGAUCAAGGCCAAGAAUAAACAAUCAUACAAUGUGCAUUUUAGAAGUAUGUCAGUAUGCAAUUUAAGGAAAAUAACAGCCUUAUUUAUGAAUAAAUAAUAUAUACUUAAUGUAUAAUUUCAUUGACCGUCACUUAAAAACUAUAUAUGAUUAAAAAAAUUCUAAAAUCAGAUUCAGUAUAAAUAGUAUUAUAAGGUCCACCUAUUUUAGUUUGGGAAGCAAUAAAUAAGUUAAAUUCUGAAUAAUAGUAAACAGAUACUGGAUGGCCAACAUUAUUGUGAGGCACAGUCUGUCCACUGAGUAUGGCCUUCUGCACAUUCUGCACAUAAUUUAAGAGAAUAUUCCAGAACCAUACCAUUUUUUUCAGCAUUCAGCAUCAUUUAAAAUGACUAUAAGGUGUUUAGUUAUAAAAUGCUUAGAAAAAAACCUUUCAGACUUCAUCGGGGCACAAUUUUUGAUUCAAUAAAAAGCCCUUUACAAUCAUAAAAUGUUUAGUGCAUAAAAUGUUGUGGUAUUCCAUAUAUAUUUGAAUGUUGUUUCCCAAAAAUGUAACUAGAAACUGUUACUUACAGCCAGUUUGCCAUUUAGGCUUUGUACAAAAUAAAAGAAAAAGCUAAGACAUUUGUGAAGUAUAUUAAAGUUCUGAGGUAUUCAUAGAUUUUCUGUCUGAAUUUCACCUCGUGUGGCUAAUGUAAGCAUUCCAGGGCUCCGAGCAUGAAAGCUGACAGCA